CGGGCCCGGCCUUAUCACCGGCGGGCACACAGUCGGGUCGCGCGCGCCGCGACGCACGUCUCUGCCUCGCGCGCCUCGCUCGCCGCACUCUCUCAGUGACAAGUGACCAACUGAUCAGUGGAACUCGUGUGUACACGUGCCGCGCACUGCGCACCCGGACUAUAUUUUUAUUGGUCGGAGUCCUCCAUUCACGGGCCGUUUAUAAUAUUGCAAUAACGGCUGGCUUGUCAAAAAUUGUAAACACAGCACACGUGCCGGGGCCGGCUCGCAACAAGCGCGACGCCACAAUGGCGACCAAGGGCAAGCGUCCAAUGCGCGCACUGACGCCCAGCGACAAGAUCGAGGCCAUCCAACGCGUCAACGACGGCGAGUCCAAGGCCUCGGUCGCGCGGGACAUCGGCGUGCCCGAGUCCACGCUGCGUGGCUGGUGCAAGAACGAGGAUAAGCUGCGGUACAUGACUUCCCGCCUCUCUUCACCCGAUACGGAUAAGAGCAACGAUGGUGAGCCGCCCGACAAGCGCGCGCGCACUGAGUCACCUGCCGCGCCGCCCUCUCCCGUGGCUACCGGCCUCGACCUAUCUGCUCCCGUCAGCUCCGCCCCCAUCGUGCCGCAGCCCACGCCCUCCAUCGAUGCUCCUGUUGAGCUCACCACCAAACGCACCGUAUCAUCCCCUACGUCCCACAUCCCUCGUGAGCGCCGACCGGACCCUGGCGCCAGCGUAUCUAUGAGCGCUAUCAGCCCACUGUCAGGCCUGCCUCAUCUGCCUGGACUGACGCACUCGCAUCUUGGUCUCAGCUUCAAUGAGAUCGCCACCAAUUUGACCUUGCUUGCUCAACUGAAUCCUGGAUUGUCGGCGCUGUCAGCUCAACCAGCAAGUCGCGCGCUCCGCUCUGUACGAUCUCCCAAGCCUGCUCAUAACGGAGUGCUCAACUUGAAUGAUGGCAAGCAUCAUCAUCGCAGCAAGACACAUCACCAUUCAGAUCCAUACCGCACUAGCUUGUCAAAAUCCAGCCACCACACGUCGCACUCUGCUGCCAACCAGCCAGUAGACGACACGCUCUGGUAUUGGCUCAAGACACAACAGGCAAUGCUGGACCUUACUGCGCAGACUACGACGGCGCAUCCCCUCCAGCUCGGGAAACCAAGUGAACCAACCUUGCCGCCUAAACCGGUUGCAGCUGCUGCACCGAUUAAUUCACAUCUCGAUUAUAACAGAAACUCUUGGCUCUGGCAAUAUUACAAACAGUUCGGAGGCGCGAUGCCCUUGCCUGAAGAUAAACACAAACCUGCCUCCCAGGUGCCAAAGGAUAAGUCAGCAGAAAAUAUCCUGUACUCACACCUAACGAAAGGCAAGGCUGAGGAGGAGCGUGGGGCAAUGACUAGUCCAGGGCAUACGCAGGCACAGAAUGAUCCCGAGCCUCGCCGCACUCCCAGCGUAGAGCCGAGAGUAGCUGAGCCCGCUGCCAGUCCAGAGAUCGGGACAGAAAACAAAGAACCGACACCGGAGCGAGUCCAUGAGUCAAGCCGAAGCCAGACCAAAGCUCGUACAGUGCUCGAUAACUUGCUAUUCAACAACAGCAACCAGACCGCAAGUAGUGAGACGCGGUCAGCGUCGCCAGCCAGCGGCGAGUGGGAGUCCGGCGCGGCCGAGGCCCUGGAGCACGGCGACAAGUUCCUGGCGUGGCUGGAGGCGAGCGGAGACCCCAGCGUGACGCGCAUGCACGUGCACCAGCUGCGCGCGCUGCUGCACAACCUGCGAGCGCGCCGCGCGCCCGCCCCCGCGCACCCCGCGCACCCCGCCGACCACGCCGCCCGCCGCAAGUAGACGCCCCGCCAGGACUGCCGCUCGCUACAGGGAAUAUUUCAAUUAUGUACAUAGUUACGUUGUCGCCAGUAAGCGUUCACUUGUGAUAUGUGUAGCCAAAUUUGCGUAAUUUCUUUGUUCUAAAAGAAAAGCUAUGCAUUAUUCUUUAGUUUGUAAGAUUGAGCCGGACCAGACGAGCUGACGGAGCCCAGCGCAUGCGCAAGUCAAGGGUUUCCAUCGGCUUGUUUGGUGUCGGACAUUCUGUUUCCGAGUCUAUGUGAAACUUGAUGGGUAGAUAGUUACACCUGUUGUAAAUUGAAUGUUAUAUUAUCUACGUUUUCUCUUACCGAUGCACACAAAACUUGUUAAAUAAAUAGUUUAGAUAGUACCGCUGUAUGUUGCCAUUUGACAAUUACAUUCCUAGUUGUACCCUUACUAUAGUUUAUAGUCGAAUCCCUAUGUUCUACCUCAAGUCAAACUAAUACUAAGUCACGCACGGCGUCCUUUCAACCGUUCACUGAGUGGUAGCGCGUGUAGUGUGAGUGGCGUGUGUGUGGCGCACGUGUGGCGUGCGUGCGGCGUGGCUCAGCCGCGGCGCCCGGCGCGCCUCUCGGCUAAUACCAAAAAUAUUGAAAGGAUGCGAAUGUAUUGUUGUGCCAAUCGUAAGAACAAGGUAAUAUUGUUAAGAUAUAGAUGACUCUAUUGCGUUAGCUAGGCACUCGUUGUGUAAUUGUUUUCUAUUGCUCAGUAUUUUAUAUAUUAUGUAUAUUGUAGACAACGUCGACGUGUCGACUCGGAAUUGUAUUAUACGUUAACGUUAACAGUUAAGGACACUGUGAUCAAAAUUAUAAAUUAUUGAGAGAUUAUUAUUAUUGUAAGUACAUUCCUAAUUAAUAGAGUGUAUUAUCUUAAUGUUAUUUAAGAGGUUGUCCAAUGGUGUGAGGUUGCGGCGACACCCGGUCGUGACUGCUCUAUUAGAAGAAAAAGUUCAAAAAUUGUAUCUCCUUCACACAGAAGAUAGAAUUAUUGAUUUGCAUUUCACGUUAAUAUUAGCUCCACUGGAAAAUUAUUCGAGAGAUUGAUAUUUUGUACAAAAUUAAAAAAUUGGAUUAUAAAUUCUCUUAUCACUACUUGUGAUCUCGAAAAUGUUGAAUGAUUAAACUUGAUUGAACCUUAA